AUUUUUCUGAGUAAACUUUGAUAUUUAUUCACAGUAUAAUAGCUGCCUAGAAUUUAGAUAAAAUGUGAUAAUCAAAAAGCAUGUUUUCAAAAGUGUUACGAUCAUGGCAUAAAAGAGACGAAAGAUUUGUUGUGAAAUAUCAGAUUCUCGCAAAAACCCCAUUUGUGAUAGUUGUCUUAUCCUUGGCGGAUACAAGUAAUGAAUGUCAGCAGUAUAUCGUUAGUGGAUACAAACAGGUCGACCACGGGGUUCCCAACUACGAAGUUCGAUUGCCAAAGAAGACGACUGUCAACAUUGAGUCUAUUACCGGUUCAGCAGAAGUCAAACCUUCCGACGAAAGGCCCAUAUUGUACAGCGAUCUAAAAAAGCAGAAUAGCAUCCACUACAAAGUAACAUUACAGGCGCCCCAUGCUGGUGAUCACUUAUUACAGCUUCGUUAUCGGAGUGGCGACAGUAAUAUCCACACACAUCCUUUCCAUGUCACAUUGGAAGAGAAAACAAACACAGUGCCAGACAUCCGUAGAGCAGGGAGCACAAGUCAAUUGUCGCCAAGUGACACCCAAAAACCAGUCAUCCCCAGCAAAUCAAUGCGACCAGAGGGAAAAUUUCUGGUGAAAUAUCAGAUUCUGACGAAAGGUCCACUUGUUGUAGUAAUUUAUUCAUUACAAGACACCGCGCAUGCAUGUCAGAAAUUCACUGCUAGUGGAUAUAAGUGUAUUGAAAGCGGGGUACGGAACUAUGAUGUUCAGUUGCCUCGAUUUUCGGAAUGUAACAGCAGUAUCGAGUCUUCUGAUCCGUCUGUGGAAGUCAGUCCACGAUUUGAAAUGCCUUUACUGUACAUCGACCUGAAAAACCAGAUGAGCAUCCAGCAUAAAGUCACACUACUGACAUCUUCCGGUGGUCGUCACCUGCUUAAUCUCUGUCUCAAACGAGAAAACGAAAUUCUUCUCUCAGAUCCAUUCCAUGUGACAUUAGGAUCUGAUGAUUUGUGUGACGGUUUAAACUUUGCUGUGCAGGAUGCCGGGGUGUCCAUCACAAAUGAAACCGAACCAGAUAAUAAGCAACAACAAUUGAAACCUGAAGAGAGAUUUCUGGUCAACUAUCAGAUCCUUACUAAGGGUUCAUGGAUUAUUGUGAUUUAUUCAUUGGCAGACACCACCAAUGAGCGUCACCAGUUAAUUUCUGGUGGAUAUCAAUGCAUCCAGCAAGGUAUUCCAAACCAUGAGGUUCGGCUCCCUCGUUGGUCAUCAUGUACCAGCAGUAUUGAGUCGAUAGGUGGAUCUGUAAAAGUCAAACCUGGAGAGGGAAAGAAUCUUUCCUACAUCGAUCUUAAAAAUCAGAAAAGUGUCCAACAAUCCGUUACAUUGUUAGCUCAACGUGGUGGUUUUCACUUAUUGCAACUUCGUAUAAGUAAUGGCAAUGAAAUACUCCACACAGCACCUUUCCAGGUGACACUGGAGUAUGAAGAUUUGUAUGCAGGUGGAGACCCAUCAAAACCACAACCAUCUUAUACAAAUCAAAGGCAAGGAGGAGAAGUUGGUGUUCCGACUGCUGAUCAGCUGUAUGAUGAAAUUGACGAAGUAUAUGAAAUCCCGAUAGAAACUCAACCGAAAGUGCCAGUAGGAGUUACACGAAGGCCUGAAAUCGAACAAUAUGAUGAUAUACUGCUCAGACAAUCUCCGAUUCCCAGACCCAGGACUUCAAUUUACAAUCCUCCACCUUUACCUGUCAACAAUCCUACACUUUUACCAAUGAGACCCGACGAUUUUGAUGAUGAUGAAUGGGAUGAUGAUGAUAACCUAUAUGAAGAUGUGGAUGCUGAAAAAAAUAGUGAAAUCCCGACAGUAACCAGACCUCAAUUACCAAGUACAGAAUUAGAACGGACCAAACAACAAGACACUAAACCUCUGGUCAAUCAGACGAAAAAAACUUUGAAUUUCAAUACAAUGCCUUCCCUACCAUUAAAGCCCGGAGAACCAACUGUUCGAGGAAUUCUAGAAAAACAUAAUGUUGACAACUAUUGGCCUUUUUUGGAAAAGUUUGGUAUUAAAAGUGUUAAAGAUUUUGCUCAGCUGAAUAAAGAGAAACUUGGAGAGUUCAGCGUCAAAACAGUAGGUGACAGGAUCAGAAUUAUGAAUGCUGUGGAGAGUUGUAAAUCUCCUUUCAUAAGUUCCAGCGCAGAAAAGAAAGAAAACUUUGCUGUUGAUGAGCUACUGGAGAAAAUUGGCAUGAUCAAUUUCAAGCCUCUAUUCAAGCAAGAAAGAAUAUCGAUGGAAUUACUGAAUGCAAUGAAGGAUCAAGAUUUCAAGGAUAUUGGAAUCAGGCAGGAAAAUGAUAGAAAAGCCAUUAAGCAAGCACUUGAGGGAAUGCAAGGAUAUUGUGACUUGGAAUGUCAUAAGUAUGACAUUGCGGAAUAAAGAUCAACUUUCUGUCUCAACAGAUUCUUUAAUAAGUUUUUAAUUUGUAAAAAAAAUUAUAAAACAUGAAUUUCUUUUCGUCUCAGAAUUCUAUUAUUGGCCUAAUACUGGGUACCUUCUCCUUUUCAUUAAUAAUGACCUCAUCGUCACUAGGUCAAAUUCACGAGAUAUUUGUCCCUUGUUACAAUCUUUUCUUAUACAACUGAAACGCUUGCCAUGUCGAAUACAAACUACAGCAGGCUCAAUAAACAUCACGUAAAAUAUAAAAUGCAUACCGUUCAUACAUACAUACGGUUGCGAAGUGCAGUAUUGAAUAUUUAUAUGUAGGUAUCUAUAAUGUAAACAAUCAAAAAACAAUCAAACUGAAUAAAUUGAUUCGAAAUCAAAAUAGUGAAAUUAACAUAGAAAUCGGAGCACUCUCAGACGCUAUUGGCCGCGUUGAAACCUUGAUAGACAAGCGAUAGAAGUAUGGAAUUUCUAUCAAUGUGAUUCUACCAGCACUAGCUACAGUAUUGUCAAAUGAAAUCUCGUUUUUUUCUUUUCUUUGUAUGUAUUGCUCGGCAGAUUUUCCCGUUUUCUGCCACGCUCGCUGACCUGGGUUUUACGUCUGUUUCAUGGUACGUAUUCCG